AUGUUACAAUUGCUAGCAUUGGCUAUAUCGGUAGCUUACGUUGGUUUAAUAUGUGGGGUUCUUAUCGUCAAGUUUGUAACCCCGCUCAACAACUUUCUCAAAUAUGGCAAGUGCUAUAACUCAAAAGCUAUUGCAAACGAGAACUGGUUUCUUCAACGUUUCUUGCAUUUGACAGUCCCAAAGUACUUUUUCUGGCACUUUUAUGUGCUUUUCAGUGCUUCCAUGCUACUAAUAGUGAGCUUUCCUCGAAGGAACAGCCACUAUAGCCUUGCAAAACACAACAACUACACUAUAAUCACAUGUAUACUACUUGCUCAAGCAUUGCGACGGUUGUAUGAAUCGAUCUACGUUUUAAAACCAAACCAACUUUCACGAAUGAACAUCGCUCAUUACACUUUAGGACUAGUUUUCUACAGUCUUAUGUCAAUCAACUGCUACUUGGGCCUGACAGUUUCAAAAGGUUUGCAAUUUUCAGUGCUGGAUACGAUUCUCAUCACAGUCUACAUAAUCACAGCUUACGACCAGUUUUUGAAUCACAAGCAUUUGGCACUGUUAAAAAAAUACUCCAUGCCCACCAGAGGGUUGUUUCUGAUGGUGGCAUGUGCUCAUUACCUUGACGAAAUUGUAAUUUAUACUAUCGUCGCUGCAUUAGCAUUGAAGAACCAACCAAAUCUUGUCGAUGUCAAUUUCGGUCUUGCGGCUCUUUUCGUCGCGGUAAACCUAUCCAUCAGCUCAAGAGAGUCUCACGAGUACUAUAAACGUUUCGGAACCGAGUAUAAGGCGAAAUGGAGCAUUGUACCUAGAUUGGUUUAA